CAAGGGGAAUAUGGCUCUAGCACGGCGGCUGCGGCUGUUGUCGCUCGCGGCUCGGUUGCUUCUGGCGCCUCGCCGGGACCUGAUGGUCCGCGGUCGCAACGAGCCCCUGCCCGUGGUGCGCAUCCCGCGGGCUCUACAGCGGCGGCAGGAAGAGCGGCAGAGCGGGCAGCGGAGCCCCCCGCGGCCGGUGCUGGUGCGACCUGGGCCGCUGCUGAUCUCAGCGCGGCGACCGGAGUUGAACCAGCCGGCACGCCUCACGCUGGGCCCUUGGGAGCCCGCGCCACUCGCUUCGCGCGGCUGGAGGAAUCGGCGCGCCCACGGGGACCAUUUCUCCAUCGAGCGCGCGCAACAUGAGGCUCCGGCGCUGCGGAACCUCUCGCCCAAGGGCAGCUUCACCGAUCUGGGUCUGGAGCUCCGCGUUCUGAGCGCACUACGAGAGACUGCUCCCGAAGUUGUUCGGCCCACAACCGUGCAGUCGAGUACCAUUCCCCCACUCCUUCGCGGCCGCCACAUCCUCUGCGCCGCAGAAACGGGCAGUGGCAAAACCCUCGGCUACAUGCUACCUCUCCUUCAACGGCUCUUGGGCCAGCCAAGCCUGGACCCCUGUCGUAUCCCUGCUCCUCGAGGCCUGGUUCUUGUGCCUUCUCGAGAAUUAGCCGAACAGGUGCGGGCCGUGGCCCAGCCCUUGGGCAGCUCCUUGGGCCUCCAGGUGCGGGAGUUAGGGGGAGGCCAUGGCAUGAGUAGGAUCAGGCUGCAACUGUCCAAACAACCUCCAGCAGAUAUACUAGUGGCCACUCCGGGGGCUCUGUGGAAGGCCCUGAAAACUCAACUGAUCAGCCUGGAGCAGCUGUCCUUCUUGGUGUUGGAUGAGGCAGACACGCUGUUGGAUGAAAGCUUCCUGGAACUGGUGGAUUACAUCUUGGAGGGGAGCCAUAUAGCAGAAGGCCCAGCUGACUUAAAAGACCCCUUCAAUCCCAAAGCUCAGUUAGUGCUGGUGGGGGCCACAUUUCCCGAAGGUGUAGGCCAGCUGCUGAGUAAAGUUGCCAGCUUAGACUCUCUAACUACCGUUACCAGUGACAAGCUCCACUGCAUCAUGCCUCAUGUCAGACAGACAUUCAUGAGGCUGAAGGGAACAGAGAAGGUGACUGGGUUGGUGCAGAUCCUCAAGCAGCAUGACAGAGCAUAUAGGACUGGCCCCGCAGGAACUGUUCUGGUGUUCUGUAAUUGCUCCAGCACUGUGAACUGGCUGGGGUAUAUUCUGGAUGACCACAAAAUCCAACACUUAAGACUGCAGGGACAGAUGCCAGCCUCAAUGAGGGCAGGCAUCUUCCAGUCCUUCCAGAAGGGCUCCCGAGACAUACUUCUCUGCACAGACAUCGCCUCUCGGGGCCUGGACAGCACCCAGGUGGAGCUAGUCAUCAAUUAUGAUUUCCCUCUCACCCUGCAAGACUACAUCCACAGAGCAGGGAGGGUGGGCCGGGUGGGGAGCGAGGUGCCAGGCACCGUCGUCAGCUUUGUGACCCAUCCCUGGGACGUGAGCCUGGUUCAGAAGAUUGAGCUGGCAGCUCGCCGGAGGAGAAGCCUUCCAGGACUAGGGUCCUCCUCAGUGAGAGAGCCUUUGCACCAGCAAACCUUAUUGCAGCAGGCUUAUAUAUGAUGCCACCACAGGGACCUUUCCCUCUGUGCUGGAUGGGUGAGCACACUUGUCAGUAGGGUGCUCUGGGCUGCCUAGUCACCUUCUGACGGCCCGGGCUGCUGUCUGGCUUCAAAAGCAGCAGUGGCUCCCGUCUCUCCUCCUACCCCUGGUCACUACCAUGUCCUCUACCGAGGGUGUGGAGAAACGCAGUUGGGCUGGCAUGGGAAGACAUACUGCCUGGUUGGUGGCUACCGGGCCAACGGGGAUGUUCCUUUGGCCAUGCCAGAAAAGGUGGAAACAGAGAAGCCAGUCCCCAGACGUGCACCCAAGAGAAAGCGCGCUCCGGAAGAGUCGGACGAAGACCUGGGUUGCCCCAGACCCAAAAUCUGGCGAUUGCAGCAUUCAAGCAGUUUAGGACUAGAAGGUGCUUUGAUUCUCAAGCAGGGUGGCCCAACCUCUGGGCACAUCCCCUCUGCAACAGCCCCAGUAAACGAAUGUCCCUUCUUUGCUUUUUCAAGCAGUGGCUCCCGUCUCUCCUCCUACCCCUGGUCACUACCAUGUCCUCUACCGAGGGUGUGGAGAAACGCAGUUGGGCUGGCAUGGGAAGACAUACUGCCUGGUUGGUGGCUACCGGGCCAACGGGGAUGUUCCUUUGGCCACGCCAGAAAAGGUGGAAACAGAGAAGCCAGUCCCCAGACGUGCACCCAAGAGAAAGCGCGCUCCGGAAGAGUCGGACGAAGACCUGGGUUGCCCCAGACCCAAAAUCUGGCGAUUGCAGCAUUCAAGCAGUUUAGGACUAGAAGCAGCAGUGGCUCCCGUCUCUCCUCCUACCCCUGGUCACUACCAUGUCCUCUACCGAGGGUGUGGAGAAACGCAGUUGGGCUGGCAUGGGGAGACAUACUGCCUGGUUGGUGGCUACCGGGCCUACGGGGAUGUUCCUUUGGCCACGCCAGCAAAGGUGGAAGCAGAGAAGCCAGUCCCCAGACGUGCUCCCAAGAGAAAGCGCGCUCUGGAAGAGUCGGACGAAGACCUGGGUUGCCCCAGACCCAAAAUCCGGCGAUUGCAGCAUGGUGCCAGGAGGUGGACCCCACAGAAUCUUGCUGGCUGAGCCAUUCUGAAGAGAGGGCAACGGUUUAACUGCCUAAGGCAGCGAAUGCCUCUUCCUGCAGUGACCCACCCCGUCCCCCAACUGCCAACUGCCACAGAUUAGAACCUACGUCGUUCUGUUUGAGCCUUCCUCAGCCAGGAGCCUCCUUCCACACUAAAUGGCCAUAAGCAAGGAGCCUCAGAAACUGAGGUUUGAAAUGAGAGUCUGCCCUGAACAUCCCAGGGCUGAAGCUGGCCUGGAAGAAAACGUGAUGUUCCUCCGCUCAAUCCUCAGGGGCCGAGCCGAGGAGGAUGCAGGAGCAGAGACAGGGUGCAGAGAAGCCUUAGCAGUCUACCACAUGGGCUCCUGCCCUGAGCCAUUGUCAGCGGCCACCACCACAAACCAGGGGGGAGCUGGGUUUUUUGAAACUGAAAGCAGCAAUCUGUGGCUUCCCAAAGAGCCUCCUGCCUGGGGUCUCAGGAGGCAGGAUAGAGGGACCCAGGAAGACCUGCUCCCUGAAGCAAGAACAGGAUGGAGAGUCAAGCAGCACGCACCCUGCCCCGAGGUUCACAUGCUCCUUUAUUCCCAGCCCUUUCUGUCCCCAGUGGGGUCCCUU